GUGCAUGAUCAUUGCGUUCUUUCAGAGUGGCGCAGGAGAACUGAGUGCUUAUAGCUACAUUGCACAUAUAACAACACAUGAAUGCCUCACGUAGUGCUAGUAUCAGAAGGAAACCGACAAAGACAAAUCUAUCACCACAGCGGCGCCAUCUCGAUGUAACCUGGUCAACUUGAAAGCAGCGCAUAGCAAACAUACGGAUGGAGCUCAGGAUGGCAUCAAUGGAUAAACCUUUUAUAUCCGACUUCUACAAGGAUAAGGACAUUUUUAUCACUGGAGCAACCGGGUUUAUGGGAAAGGUGCUGUUGGAGAAGCUACUACGAUCAUGCGGUGGUCUGCGCCGGAUAUUUGUCCUGAUGCGUGCCAAGGGAGGAGCGUCGCCCCAAGCACGCCUAGAUGAAUUACUAGAUUCAGAGAUCUUCCACGCUCUGCGCUGUUCCGAUUCGCACUUCGCGUGGAGCAAGGUGAUCGCCGUGGAAGGGGACUUGACCCUUCCGGAGCUGGGCCUCAGCCCCGAACACCGCAAGGCGUUGCUUGACAACGUCGACGUCGUCUUCCAUUCGGCCGCUAUUGUCAAGUUCGACGAACCGCUCAAGAGUUCCAUUGACAUGAACGUUCUAGGCACAAGGAGACUGCUGCAACUCUGUCAGGGUAUGAGCAAGCUAAAGGCCCUGGUGCACGUGUCGACAGCGUACUGCAACUGCGACAAGGAGGAGGUGGCGGAGGUCAUCUACCCGCCACCUUUCGACCCGCAGAACGUCAUAGACGCGGUCAGCUGGAUGGACGAUCCUCUGGUGGAGGCCAUCACGCCCAAGUUGCUUGGCAGUCGGCCUAACAUGUACACCUUUACCAAGGCCCUGGCCGAGACCUUGGUGGCCGACGAGAGGGGAUCCCUACCGGUGGCCAUCGUCAGACCGUCUAUCGUCACGGCCGCCUGGCAGGAACCCAUACCGGGCUGGAUUGACAAUAUCAACGGACCCACGGGACUUCUUGUCGCAUCCGGCAAAGGUCUUCUCCGGUCUAUGGUGGCAGACACAGAGAAGGCAGCCGACUUCGUGCCUGUAGACGUGGUCAUCAACACUAUGAUCAUCGUUGCCUGGCACACUGCAAUGCACAGGCCGGACAAGGUUGCUGUGUACCACGUGGCGUCGGGCACCCUGCGCAAGCUGACGUGGGGUGACAUCGAGACAAUCGCGUACCCGCUUCUCCUGUGGCACCCGAUGCCGCACGCCGUUCGGCACCCUGGCGGCAGCUUCAAGAAGAGCCGCUUCCUGAACGUGCUCUCCAUGUUCUUCGAGCACCGGUGCCCGGCCGUGAUCUUCGACGCCUACCUCUGGCUCUCGGGAAGGAAGCCCAAGAUGCUCCGUCUGUUCAACAAGCUGUACAAGGUGAUGGUCUCCCUCGAGUACUUCACCACCCACGAGUGGCGAUUCCACUGCGGAAACCUGCUGGCGCUACUGCAGGAGGUGUCGCCCGCCGAUCGAAAGACGUUCUGCGCGGACCUUCGACUGCUGGAUUGGGGUAACUACUUUAAGGAUUACGUGGUGGGCACCCGAAAGUUCGUGCUCAAGGAGGACCCUUCCACCGUGCCAGAGGGACGGAACGCUCUGCGCAGGCUGUACAUCUACCAGCAGCUGCUGUACGCCGCGCUCAUCGCCCUCGCCUGGCGGCUCAUCAUGCUCAAGUCCAAGUCUGCGUGCCGCCUCUGGCAAGGCCUCGUCUCGCUCUUCCUGCCCCUGCUAAGCCUCGUGUCGUCCGCCUUGGGGCUGCCGUACCCGGAAGACGCGUCGCCACACCCCGCACCUACCAGCGUCAGGCCGUAGAACGUUAGCCUUACGUUGAAGCGCCCCUACAAACCACUCGGCGUUCAAAGACGCUCUUUUUUUUUUCAGCCUUUGCUGACUCUUCUUACAGGCACUCUCUUUCCUCGCCACUUGUUGAUUCGUAAAUCACAUAGACGUGUGAGUGCUAAGCGUCGAGCCUGUCAGGAUUUCGCACUUUUCUUCUACACGUUGGUGUCUCUGCUUGCGUAGUCGAAAACGAACAAAGUGAGGUGAAAUCUGUCGAGUCAGUGCGACAGACACGAGAGUCAAGGCGGAACGGUCGCAAGACUGCACGGGAAAGCAGGGUAAGGCACAAUUCAAAACUGGUACGCCCCGUGUAAGGACCAAUCGAGAGCUUACUUCCUCACGAUCGUCCCGCGGACAAACUGCUGGCGUCACGAAUUGUGCCCGAAACGCGGAAAACGCCAGGAGGGAAAGCGUACUCGUUUUCUGUACUUUCAAAGCUAGUUUAGAGGUCCUUUAAACUUAUUUGGCUUAAGCAUUCGGGACUGGUCGAAGAGCGAUGGGGGAACAAACACACAACGCAAUAACUGUUAACGUUUUAUUUGUUUCCUCGCUUACUCAAUGCAAUCGUGGAGGGUACAGUCAUCCACACAACUAAGAAUAACGCGUUCUCUCCUAUAAGUUUACGCGGGGUUUUUGCGAAGGGCCCAAAGGUAAGAAAUGGUGGCAGAAGAGAUGAAUUAUUAUAGCGGACAAAGGAAGACGCUCAAGCCAUAACCGAGGAGGACACGGCAGCAGAAAAGGAACCGAGAAUGAACAGUCACGUGUCACUACUGAGCUCUAAAGUCGUAAGCAAAUAAUAAUGAAGACGUAUGCGCAUGCAUGGCAAAAUGGCCCUUAGUUCGUCAUUGGCGUACAGGAGAUGUCGAGUGUGCCCGUACAGAAAGUUACAGCUGUGUCCGGGGCGUCAUACUGCAGCAAAUAUAUCUCAUGCGUUAUUUUUUUUUUUUCAAGCAUCGAAUUACUUGUUCUUCUUUAGUCACUCCUUCAUUGCCAGUUCCCGACGUCGCGGAUAAUAUCAAUAAGCCGGCAGCAUCUCCGCAAUGUUAUUCGUGACAGUCACAUACAUUUCUAGUCACAACGCAAUUUUAUAUUUCGUAAAGGAGACAACCGUACCGUGUACGCGAAACAAUUUACAUUGAGCAGACGCACCUUGGUGCCAAUGUGGUACAUCGGGGCGUUUUCAUUUAAGCGUGUUGCUCAGCUAACCUACCACGAUGUGUCGUUGUACGUGUUCCUUCCGUGUUCCCUGUUCGGCCACUGUUCACUUCAAACGUCUACGCUUCCGUGAACCUCUGCACUGUUUCUUUUCUGUUAGCUUGUUUUCUCUGUAGUUUUGUCUGAUGCUCACAGCAAAUAUAUCGAGGUACGUCGCUGAAGAAGAGAAAAAAAAAAACACAACAGGCUUAACAACGGAAACUUCAACGAUCAAUCACUGAGGGCAACGUACGUUACGAUAGUUAACAGUAGCGAUCAUUGGGGUUCGUUCUGAAAGAAUCA